AUGCUGCUGCUGCUGCUGCCCCUGGUGUGGGCCGGUGAGUGCGUGGGGGCGCCGGCCCGUGUCCCCCCAGGCUCCCCGCAGGGGGGCGCCCAGCCCGAGCUGCGCAUGCAGCUGCCCGUGACGGUGCAGGAGGGGCUGUGCGUGCUCGUGCCCUGCACGUUCUCCUACCGCUGGGGUAAACAGACAGACUCGAGCCCCGUGUACGGCCACUGGUUCCGGAAAGGCCCGCCGGAUGUCCUCGUGGCCACGAGCAAGCCGGACCAGAGAGUGCAGAAGAGCAGCAAACUCUCAUUCCACCUCGGGGACCCCGCGGCGGGCAGCUGUGCCCUGAACAUCACCCGCCCCCGGAGGGAGGACAGCGGGACCUACUAUUUCCAGGUGGAGAGGGGCAAGAUCAAGCACAGCUACACCCGCAGCGGCCAGCUGCUCAACGUGACGGUGACAGCGCUGACGCUGACCCCCGACAUCGCCCUCGAGGAGCCCCUGGAGGCCGGCCGCCCCAGCCGCCUGUCCUGCUCCGACCACAGCACGGAGCUCACGUGCUGGGUGGGCCGCCCCUGGCCCGCCCCGUGCAGGGCUUGCAGGGCGAGGACGCUCACGCUCAACGUGACCUACGCCCCACAGAACCUGACCGUCCGCCUCUUCCGAGGACACUGCGCAGACGCGCCCUACAGGCCGGGCAUUCUGGCGAGGACGGGCGGCCGAGGAGAGGUGGGCUCCGGGGAGAUGGCGGCACGGGGGGGGCAGCGUGGCCAGAGUGGAGCCCUGAACCCCCAGGGCCAGCCCCCCCAUCUAGCCUCAGGGGAGCCGCCUCGGGCCGUGCUCACGGGGGCCGCUGGCGGGGGUGGAGAUGUCUGGUGCAGCCCCUGCGCCUUCCAUUUCCUCGGGUCCAUUUCCUCAGGGUCUUGUGACCAUGCAGCUUCUGAGCCGGGAGGCCACGGGGCAGGUGUGAGGUCCGCGGAUCAGCCAGUCCCGGCGGGUGCCCAGGGCUGCCGGCCACAGCUCGAACGUCUCUCGGUUCUGUGUCCAGGAGCAAAAUCGUGGGCAGGGACGUCCCUUUCCAGCGCCCCGUGUGCAUUUUACAUGGCUCUGGGGGAACGCGCAGGAAGCUGUCCGUCGACAUCUGCCGCGGGGGUGGGGCGCCAGGGAACGCCCUGCCCUUCUGAAUCCCCUCCCGCCUCCAUGUGUUCGGCUGCCAGAUGCCCACGCCUGCCUCAUGCCAGCGGCGCCCUCUUCCUGCCUGUCUCUCUCUGCCCUCCGUCUCUUCCAGAACCCAAGUACCUGGGAAACGGCUCAUCCUUUUCAGUCCUGGAAGGGGAGUCCCUGCGUCUGCUCUGUGCCAUCGACAGCAACCCACCUGCCAGGCUGAGCUGGGCCUGGGGGCGCGGGGCCCCGAGUCCCUCCCAGCCCCCCAGCCCAGGGGUCCUGGAGCUGCCCCGGGUGGAGCUGGGGCAUGAAGGCGAAUUCACCUGCCAUGCUCAGCACCCUCGGGGCUCCCUGCACAUCUCCCUGCAGCUCUCUGUGCAGACACCCCCGCAGCUGCUGGGUCCCUCCUGCUCCCCGGAGGACGAGGGUCUGCUCUGCCUCUGCGCUGCCCGAGCCUGGCCGGCCCCCUCCCUGCGCUGGCGGCUGGGGGAGCGGCUGCUGGAGGGGAACAGCAGCAAUGCCUCCGUGGAGGUCACCUUCAGCCCCUCGGGGCUCUGGGCCAACAGCUCCCUGCGCCUCAGCGGGGGGCUCAGCACCGCCCUCAGACUCAGCUGUGAGGCGGGGAACCCCCAGGGGACCCGCAGCGCCACCCUCCUGCUGCUGCCCAGGAGAGCAGACAAACCAGGGCUUGGGAGAGAAUUUGUCCUGGGGGCCGUCGGGGGAGCCGGUGUGGCCGGCCUGCUCACCCUCUGUCUGGGCCUCGUCUUCUUCCUGGUGAAGACCGGCAAGAAGGCCGCCGCCCCCUCCACACCGGCUCCUACCGCCUGGGGUCACCAGCUUGAGUGCCAGCCUGGCGGCGCCACAGACGUGCCAGCGCCCGCCCCCCGCGAGGCGGAGGAGCAGGAGCUCCAUUACGCUUCCCUCAGCUUCCUCAGCCUGAGGCCCCAGCAGCCGCCAGACCAGGAUGCCACCAGCACCACCGAGUACUCGGAGAUACUGACCCACAAAUGACGACCCCCAGCCACAGCAGCCUUGGCCUCUCAGGGAAGGGGAACAGCAGGGGAGCAGCGCUUUCUGUGCCAGCAGGAUGCCCCCGGGCAUAGUGCCCCCUGCGCCAGGGUGGGCAGAGCUGUGCUUGGAUUUCAGCCCCAUCUCAGGCCACUUUCCUUCUCAGCCUCCCCCGCAAGAUGGACACAAUAACCCUAACAGGGUUGCCAGAGUCAAGGUGGAAGGAACAGUCCUGGGGAGUCUGCGCAGAGAGCACCUGCCCGGUCCCGCCCCCUGCCCGGCGGGUGUGAAAGAAACCGAAGUUAAAGGAUUAAAUUGCUCAGACCCUAGAGCGCAAAAGAAAAUAAAAAGAACUUAUCUACACUUUUCUGUGAGACUUGCUUCCACGGUGGCCCAGGCUGCCUGAAAGGACUCAGCUGAGCAUGCGCACUACCACGAACCUCCAGCGAGCCAAGUCCUCCGUGCCCGGGUCAGGCGGGGGUGAGGGGGCGCAGGGGCCACGUGAAGCGAGGGUCCCAUCCACAGAAAUCCAAAACUCCAGUUCUCUGAAGAAAAGCCUCCUCUAACCCCUCCAUGUGAACCACAGUCGCUCGCCAAUGAACUUCAGCCACAACUGCGUUUGUUUGCCCUGAGAUCCCCAUGUCACCAACAAAGUUUAACUCCUUCGUUCUCGACCCCACUCCCCCCCAGAUCAGUGUCAACCCCUUCCCUCUGCAGGACAGGGAGGCAGGUUUGAGUUUCCUCCUAUCUCCUUGCCAGCUGACUUGCAAUAAAACUUUUCACAAAACCGGAUGCCAUGGUCUCAGCCGCUUGCACACGGGGCAGCAGGCCCUCCGCUCAGUGACGCAAGGGUCCCCGCUCU